AUGUCUCUCAGCCUCAGUUCGAGUAUCAUCCCCUCGGUCACCCCCUCGGCUACUCCCAUUAGCCAUGGCUCGGUCUUGUCGAACAUCCUUGUGAUCGCCAAGGACUCUUCGGCGGCCAGUUCGGCCACCUCGGGGCUCAAUGCGUACGGCAUCCCGUACACCACGUUGCUGGUGCCCCAGGCGGGUGUUGCCCUGCCGGCUCUCAACUCCAGCAAUGUCGGCAACUACGGCGGUAUCGUCGUGGCUGCCGAGGUGAGCUACGACUACGGUGGCACUUCCGGCUACCAGAGCGCCUUGACCACCGACCAAUGGAACCAGCUGUAUGCCUACCAGCUCGAGUAUGGCGUGCGGAUGGUGCAGUGGGAUGUCUAUCCCGGCCCCAAGUUUGGUGCUAGUGCUGUGAACGGCGGUUGCUGCAACGCCGGCGUGGAACAGUUGAUCUCGUUUACCGACACCAGUGACUUCCCCACCGCGGGAUUGAGGACUGGCGCCACUGUCAGCACCGAAGGUCUCUGGCACUACCCGGCCACGAUCAGCAACACGAGUUCCACCAAGGAGAUUGCCCAGUUCGCUGCCAACUCAGUCACCUCGACCAAGACCACUGCUGCUGUCAUCAACAACUUUGACGGCCGCGAGCAGAUGGCGUUCUUCAUUGGCUUUGCCACGGACUGGAGUGCUACCUCCAACUACCUGCAGCACGCAUGGAUUACCUGGAUCACCCGCGGUCUGUACGCUGGACACCGCCGGGUCAACCUGAACACCCAGAUUGACGACAUGUUCCUCGAAACCGACAUCUACCACCCGAAUGGAACCACCUUCCGCAUCACCGUUGAUGACAUGAAAGGCAUCUCGGCUUGGGUUCCGACCAUCAACGCCAAGAUGAACCCCGGCAGCUCGUACUUUGUUGAGGUUGGCCACAACGGCAACGGCAACAUUGAGCAGUCGUCUUCCACCGAUGCGGGUGCUGCCGCUUGCAACGGAGGCGGGAUCGAGUACGACUCUCCCCCUGACACUCCUUUGGAAUUCAAGAAGCCUUUGGGAACCGGUACCAACCUCUGGCCCGCGAAGCCGACUGUCUACGACUGGACUGCUGCCUGCACCCAGCUGGAUGACCUGCUGAAAUGGUGGACCACGCCGGCCAACCGCGACGCUUUUGGGCAUAUCUCGCACACCUUCACCCACGAGGAGCAGAACAACUCGACCUACUCGGACAUCUUCAAGGAGAUUUCCUUCAACCAGGCCUGGUUGAAACAGGUCGGCCUGGACCAGGCCAAGUGGUUUACGUCCAACGGCAUCAUUCCCCCUGCCAUCACCGGUCUGCACAACGGCGAUGCUCUGCGGGCGUGGUGGGACAACGGCAUCCGCAACUGUGUUGGAGACAACACCCGCCCGGUGCUGAUGAACCAGCAGAACCCCAUGUGGCCUUACUUCACUACUGUUGAGUCGGACGGGUUCGCCGGCAUGCAGAUCAACGGCCGCUGGGCUACUCGCAUUUACUACAACUGCGACACUCCGGCCUGCACGGUGCAGGAGUGGAUCGAUACCUCCGCCGGCGCCGGCACCUUUGACGACCUGCUGGCCGUUGAGAAAGCCGACACCAUGCGCCAUCUCUUUGGCCUGUGGCAUGAUGGAUACAUGUUCCACCAGGCCAAUCUGCGCAACUCGAACGUGGACCCGAUUACGAUCAACGGCGUGUCGGCCAAGUACUCCAUCUUCCAGGCGUGGGUUGAAACUAUUGUUCAGGAAUUCGUCCGUCUGGUCGACUGGCCUUUGGUCACCCUCACCCACCAGGAGAUGUCCGACGGCUUCCUUGCGCGGUACCAGCGCGACCAGUGCGGCUAUGCCAUGUCGUACGCCGUUUCCAACAAGAAGAUCACCGCCGUGACCUUGACGGCCAAGGGCAAUACCUGCAGCCGUCCCAUUCCAGUGACCUUCCCUGUGGCUCCUACCAGCACUCAGGGCUAUGCCACCGAGCAGUUGGGAAGUGAUCCCCUGACCGUGUGGGUGCAGCUGUCGGGAUCCCCUGUUACCUUUACCCUUUCCACUCCUAUUGCUGUGUAG